AUGUGGGCUGCCAACUCCCACGGUGGUGGCUCCACGUCAUCAUUGGGACGCCUGACGCUCGUUGUCGUGUUGGCCUGUUUUGUGGUGUUCCAGUGUAUUUACUUCAACUCGUUCCUCGCGGUCUUAUCCACCCAUCGCAUGACCCAAACACAUGUCUACCUUCGCAACCAAACGUCCAACGCGUCAUCUACCACCAUCGACCAUCCCCAUGAUUUGUACAACAUCUCGUCUGCUACAGAAAGCACCCCUGGCUCCCAGCAACUAUUUGAGCACAGCAACACGAUCUUGCUGAUCGAACCGAGAGAUGACGGUGACGAUAUUGACGAACCGUAUGUCCCCCCUUCGUCACCUGCUUUCGCUGGCUCACCUACCUCAAUUUCUUCUCCCCCCACACCAACAACACCUAUUCCCCCCAAUCCCCCUAACCCAACAACAACAUACACUACCACUAACCCCCCAACAUCAACCACUGCACCCCCCAAGCCCCCUGAACCAACAACAUAUACUACCCCCAACGCCACUACAACUAUUGCACCCCCCAAGCCCCCCCUCCCAGCUUUAUCUUUGGCUGAUGCCGUUUUGGCUACGAGUUUCCAUGCACUUUUCGAUCGACCCGAUCAUGCCGCGAUUUCCACGACAUUCCCGCAGGCCACGCGGGGCAUCGUGCUGUCGCUUCAUCAUGCGAUGGUUCCCAUCGGUGCGUCUCUCGUCCGUGAGCUACGAGCACUGGGAAACAAAGACCCGAUUCAAGUCAUGCACUGCUUCGAAGCGGAGCUGCCCGAGGCGGACCGAGCGCUGCUGCUGGAUAUUAAGGACGCUAACGUGGAAAUUAUCGACGUGUGCUCGUUGAUGGUGGCGGCGGACUUGCUGACCGCGGAGGCGGCGACAGAUUUUCAAAACUACUGGCUCAAGCCACUGGCGGUGCUCGUGACAUCUUUUGAUGAGGUGAUGCUCCUGGACGUGGACAACCUCUUCGUCCGCGACCCCGCCGAGCUCUGGACGACGCCACUGUACCUUGAUACAGGCACUUUGUUCUUCUACGACCGCGCCGACGGCCGCGCCUACCUCCGAAUAUUUCUCGAGACGUUCCCGUACACAUCAUUUGGGCUACACCCCCCGACAAAUCCAUCCCAACGCCUGCAGGACUCGAUGAUCUACGCGCGUCAUACCGCGCACGAGCAGGACUCGUCAGUCGUGCUGCUGCAGAAAUCGAGGGCGGGAGUUCCUGUCCUCAAGAUACUCUGGCAUUUGGCUACGUACCAGCGCCACCACGGCCACCCAUUCUCGUGGGGGGACAAAGAGUCGUUUUGGCUCUCGUUUGAGCUCGGCCAAGUGCCAUAUGCGUUUUCACCAUGGGCAGCCAGUGUCGUGGCCAAGCCGGGCGACGUACCUGCCCACCCCGACACCCUGUGCGGGAGCUUAGCCCAGUUUGUCCCAACAACUAAUGCCAACGACCCCGCCGUGCUGUUGUUUGUAAACGGAGGGGACGUGAUCGACAUUGUUGACACGGGGACCGGAGCAAGCGGGGGCCAUGACUGGGACGGCCGGGGCGCCCAGUUGCUCGCGGAUAUCCCGCACCACGUGACGCCACGUCACAAGCGCCACCCGACGCCAGCGUUUGGGUUCCGCGGGACGUACGACCAGACGUGUUUGAUUGGUGACGGGGCGACGGCGCUGGACGAAUCGUUUCACGAGUUGGCCAGUCGACGCAUUCGAUGGGCGGUGGACGUUGCCAAGAGGAUGGAAUGGCAGGCAACUAUAGUGCAUACAUAA